AUGCUUUGGAAAUUUAAGUUUCAAGAAAAUAUGCGCUGUGGGCGCUUAGCGGGGCUGAUGAUGGCAUAUUGCCUUAGCUAUCUCCGAGGAAGAAAGGUAUAUUCAUUGUUUCUUGAGAGCGAAGUCAGAUCUUUGGUCUAUCUUAUUAAGCAAGUUAAGGAUUGCAGUAAUUCACACAUGUUUCAUGUGAUGCUUUUUUUGCUUGAAAUUGAUGUGUGUGAAAAGCAAAACCUUGAGCAAAUUGUGCAGUUCUACUGUAUCAUUUCCCUUCUGGACACAUUCGGUACCACAGAGGAGUUAUUACUAUGGGCUGAACAAUGCAAAAUAAGAUGCCGGAGUUUCAGUAAUCAUUCAUUAUAUUCUAGUAUUGAUUGUGAUGCUUUGACACAGAAUUACUUUGUUCGUCUAGAAACUUCCAUGGAUCAAUAUGAUCAGUUUAGAUUAAAUACCUCUUCUAACAUAGGUUUUGAAGCUGAUAGAAUAAUAUUUGGAUUAAAUGAAUCUUCAAAUUUUAAUCCAUCGAUUCCAGGUAAAGCAGCACUUAUUAUUCGCCUAUCAGUCCAAUCUGAGUAUCAGAUGUUCACUAGCGCUAUAUUACCAUGGAUGCGUAAAUAUUCUAUGAAAACAAUGAGGGCUAUGAUUAUUUCCUCCAUUCAACAUUCUCAUAAUACAUCAAAAUUUAUGUCUUUUCUUAUAAAGGUUGGAGUGAAAGUAAUUUUUGUUUCAAAAAACUAUAAGUGA